ACAGAGGAUCUUAAAUACUAUUCGAAAUUCAGAAGAAUUGCGCGGUGGGGCCGUUGAACAACUCGAAAAAGCCCGGGCUCGCUUACGGAAAAUAGAAACGGAAGCCGAGCAGUUUCGAGUGAAUGGAUACUCUGAGAUAGAACGAGAAAAAUUGAAUUUGAUUCAGUCAACUUAUAAGACUUUAGAACAAUUAGAAAAUUAUAAAAAUGAAACUAUUCGGUUUGAACAGCAAAGGGCACUUAAUCAAGUCCGACAACGGGUUUUCCAACAAGCCUUACAAAGAGCUCUAGGAACUCUGAAUAGUUGUUUGAACAACGAGUUACAUUUACGUACCAUUAGUGCCAAUAUUGGCAUGUUGGGAACAAUGAAAGAAAUAACUGAUUAAUUAGUCUUUCUACCGGAGGUCUUAUUUUUUUUGCAAAAAGAAUGAAGAAAUAAUCAUGGUAACCAUUCAAGCCGACGAAAUUAGUAAUCUUAUCCGUGAACGUAUUGAACAAUAUAAUAGAGAAGUCAAUAUUGUAAAUACCGGUACCGUACUUCAAGUAGGCGAUGGCAUUGCUCGUAUUUACGGUCUUGAUGAAGUAAUGGCAGGGGAAUUGGUAGAAUUUGAAGAGGGUACAAUCGGCAUUGCUCUCAAUUUGGAAUCAAAAAAUGUUGGUGUUGUAUUAAUGGGCGAUGGGUUGAUGAUACAAGAAGGAAGUUCUGUAAAAGCAACGGCAAGAAUUGCUUAGAUACCAGUGGGUGACGCCUAUUUGGGUCGUGUUAUAAAUGCCCUGGCUAACCCUAUUGAUGGUAGGGGCGAAAUUUCAGCUUCUGGAUUUCGAUUAAUUGAAUCCCCUGCUCCGGGGAUUAUUUCGCGUCGUUCCGUAUAUGAGCCUCUUCAAACCAGGCUUAUUGCUAUCGAUUCGAUGAUCCCUAUAGGACGUGGUCAACGAGAAUUAAUUAUUGGGGACAGACAAACCGGUAAAACAGCAGUAGCCACGAAUACGAUUCUCAAUCAACAAGGUCAAAAUGUAAUAUGUGUUUAUGUAGCUAUUGGGCAAAAAGCAUCUUCUGUGGCUCAGGUAGUUACUACCUUACAGGAAAGGGGGGCGAUGGAAUACACUAUUGUGGUAGCCGAAACGGCGGAUUCCCCUGCUACAUUACAAUACCUCGCUCCUUAUACAGGAGCAGCUCUGGCUGAAUAUUUUAUGUAUCGUGAAAGACACACUUUAAUCAUUUAUGAUGAUCUCUCCAAACAAGCCCAAGCUUAUCGUCAAAUGUCUUUUCUAUUACGCAGACCGCCCGGUCGCGAAGCUUAUCCAGGAGAUGUUUUUUAUUUGCACUCACGCCUUUUGGAAAGAGCUGCUAAAUCAAGUUCUAAGUUAGGUGAACACAUGAAACAUGUAGGGCAAAAACUAUCAUUGCCAAAUAUCAACAAACGUUUGGAAGAUCAAGAGUUCAUAAAACGCCUCAUCACCAGCUAUGCAAGUGCCUCUCGAGGGCGGAUCAUUUCCCUCAAGGCCAAGCUCACCAGAAACCUGAAAGGUGAUCGGUCGGUUACUACCUUCUUGAAUGACAUGCGGUCCAUCGCCGACGAUCUCGCUUUGGCUCAAUGCCCAGUUUCGGAUGACCACAUGGUUGUGUACAUCCUAACACAACUUGGAGACGAAUAUAGUUCCAUUACAUAUGCUAUUCGUAUCCGUGACAAGCUCAUCUCUUUGGGCAAAUUGGCUGACAUUCUCACGGAUCAUGAACGUCACUUGAAAGAAACAGAUGAUGUUUGGCAGUCCCUAUUGGCCACCGCGAAUGCCACCCAACGCAGUCCCUCAACUUCUUUCCGCAAAGUGGCAACAAUCCGUCCAGUGUUGUUUGCCAGUACUGCAAUUUUGCUGGCCAUGAAGCCCGCAACACCGUCCAAUCAGUCACCAAUAACCAACUCCGCAGUUGGGUCGACCUCACCGUGGUUGUUUGACAGUGGGGCGUCUCACCAUGCCACUCCAAAUAUGACUCCACUACAAACCUUCUCCGAGUACAAGGGUCCAGAUGAGAUACGCUUGGGUGACGGAUCUUCGAACGGGGAUGUCGCUUCUGCAGGGGACGAACGUUAA